AUGGUAGAAGUGUACUUUCCUGAGUUUUUAAUCUAUUCACAGUCUCUACAAUCUACAAGGAGCAAAACUAAUUACUCCCAAGUGAUUAAGGAGCUGUUUUCUGUCAUUCCUGGAGAGGAACGGUACAGAGAUGCCGGCCCGUCCCGCUGUCGAACCUGUGCUGUGGUGGGGAACUCUGGGAACCUUUUAGGAUCAUACUAUGGUCCUGUUAUAGACAACCACGAUUUUGUGUUCAGGAUGAAUAAGGCACCAGUUCAAGGCUAUGAGAAAGACGUGGGAUCCAGGACGACCCAUCGUAUCAUGUACCCAGAAAGUGCAACCCAUCUGGACAACAACACACACCUGGUGCUGUUGCCCUUCAAAACACUAGAUAUCCAGUGGGUCACCAGUGCUCUAACUGAUGGAUCUAUCAAACGAACAUGGUUUAAGGUUAUAGACCAGCUACAAGCCAACAAGGACAAAGUGAUGGUUAUGCACCCUGCUUUCAUGCAUUAUGUGCACAAUGCGUGGCUGCACAUUAAGUCUCGAAGAUCUUAUCCAUCUACAGGUUUUCUUGUGCUUAUAUUCGCCAUGCACAUUUGUGAUGAGGUAAAUGUGUUUGGCUUUGGUGCGAACAGUAAAGGCACCUGGCACCACUAUUUCGAAAAAACACCUAAGUCUUUCAAACGCACUGGUAAACACAGUGGCGGGAUUGAGUGUGAAACCAUCUUAGAACUUCACAAAAGGAGGCUGAUUGAUCUAUACACGGGGUGGACCGGCAGAGCAGGGAACCAGAAUGGAGCUGGCAGUACUAGUGGAGUUGAGGACCACCAGAGCAGAGCAGACAGGUCUGAAGAUCCCCACGGCAGAGUAGAAGUCCACCAUGGUGGAGCAGACAGAGCAGGAGCCCACCAGGGUGGAACAGACGGAGCAGAAGACCACCACGGCAGAGCAGACGGAGCAGCAGACCACCAGACCGGAGUAGACAGAGCAGAAGAUCACCACGGCGGAGCAGACGGAGCAGCAGACCACCAGACAGGAGCAGAUGGAGCAGAAGACCAGCAGAGCGUAGCGGAAGACCACCACGGUGGACCAGACGGAUCAGGAACCCAUGGCAGAGACUGGUACCUGGGAAAAACUGAGACACAAGAAACAGACAUUCACGGUCUCAAGGACCGAGGCGGGGGCACAGGAAGUUCAUCCCUCAUCUCACUAGUGACCACUGAACGGGCAGACAGUUCAUAA